ACAGGCCAUGGCAAGUGCUAGCGUCAGAUUUGUUUCAUUUCAAUGGUGAAAAGUACAUCAUGCUAGUCGACUACUAUUCGAAAUUCUUCGAAAUCAACCAGCUUACAGAUGGAAAGAGCAGUACCGUAAUUCACUGUCUAAAACAGCAGUUUUCACGUCAUGGUAUACCAGAAACACUCAAGACUGACAACGGUCCAGAGUAUGCUUGUGAGGAGUUCAGUAGGUUCACAGCGUCAUAUGGAAUCGAACACAUAACCUCCUCUCCACGGUACGCCCAAAGUAAUGGUUUAGCAGAGCGCACUAUACAAACUGUAAAAAAAACUGCUGAGAAAAGCAUAUGAGGAUGGGAGAGAUCCCUACCUAGCUAUUCUAGAGCUACGCAACACCAAGGUUUCAGGGCUUGAUAUGUCUCCUGUUGAGUUAUUGAUGGGAAGGAAAACCAGAACAGUUUUGCCAACCGGAACUUUGCUACUCAAGCCACAUUAUGACACAACAAAAGUCAAAUAUCAGCUACAGGAGAAACAGAUGCAAAAUAAGAAGUGCUAUGACAGAUCGUCAAGGUCACUACCUGAUUUGAAACCUGGAGAUGUUGUGAGAAUGCGAGAUGAUAAUUCUAAUACUUGGGAACCAGCUCAAGUUGUCAAGGAAUCUGGAGAACCGAGAUCCUACAUUGUGCGUAACAACAAUAACAAGUUCUACAGAAGGAAUCGUCGCCAUCUCUUAAAAACGCAGGAAAAUCAUAGAGAAUCAUGUGUAAUCGAACUUCCAUCCACUUUGCCAGAUACCUCGUCAACUACGCCAUCUCCAGAUGAUAUCGAUCAGAGUUUGAGUUCGAACCCAGAACCUAGUGCUAACAGUACUGUCAGUUCACCACCAACCAUUGAACAACCGCGCAUCAGUCGAGUCAGUGGUCGAGUGAUUAACAGACCUCAGAUUUGAUAGUUAGACAGGUAGAUAGUGUCCGAAAGAGGCAGAAUAAUCCUCUUAUCUACCUCUGAGCGGGUAGGAUACCUAAGCUCAGUUAGUUUUGGUUAAAUCUUAUUGUAAAUAUGUUAUAAUUCAUUUCUUGAUGAACUGUCGACAUUAGUAAUCAAGUUAUAAGUUCAUUCAGUUCCAUAUUGAUCAUUUAUUGAAUUGAAUACUCAAGACCAGUCAAAUUGAUUUAAAAUUUUAAUUUUAUUCAAUCAACCAAUUUCAAGUGACAAUGGAUUUCCAGUGAAGUUACAUUCUUAACAUUUCAUACCUAUAUGAGAACUGUGCUAAAAUAGUUUGAAUUAAGUUCAAUUUUACAUUUCAUUGCAAUUAAUUGAUAUCUGGUAAAAACAUCUAAUUUGCAAUUGCAUUUGAAAUAAUUAUAUUUCUAAUUGUUUUAUCAUCAUUGAAUGAUAUACAUGUAUUUCAUUUCA